CGUCACGCAAAUUUUGACCCAUGUUGCGGAGCCUUAGAAAAACAAACAGGGAAUUAAGAUCGUGUACUCGAUGUUAGACGUGGAUAAGGAACGCGUCUAUGUACCGAAGUUCAGGGCAGGUAGACACGCGCUUACACGGAAAAGUUACCGCGUCAUAUUCAAACGCGUUUACCGCCGGCCAGAUUGUACGUAUAUCUCGUUCACCGACGAACCGCCAUCAAACCUUUCAUACACGUUAACCUCCAUACGAUGUCAUUCGAUUGGAACGAAGACGAUGAAGACUUCUUCGCCGGUGCAUCUUUCAAACCGCGUACUAUUGAGGAAGACUUUGCUAUCCCCGAUGACUUUGCAAACCUUGGAGGUGCCGCUAUCAUACCCCAAGAUGUAGUAGAAGAAACACCAUUUCAACAACUAAUACGACAUUGGAUGAAUGAACGACACGCGCCUGAUAUCCUUCCCGCCCAGGAGAUGUUGUUAGGAAGACUAUUGGAUCAUAUCCGGAAACAGACAGACGAUGUACAACUGUUACGUGCCGACCCUGACUCUUCAGAAGAAGAGCACUUUAGGAUCACGUUGGUACAGACAGAGAUUGAGAGGGUAAAGUUCGUGAUUAGGUCGUAUAUUCGAACGCGAUUGCACAAGGUAGAAAAGUUCGCGCGGCACAUCAGCGCAACACCAGAACUACACGACAGGCUGUCGAAAGCCGAACUCGAUCACGCUAAAAGAUAUGCAAGGCUCGAGGAAACUCACUAUACCAGCGCGGUCUUGCAAGGGUUGCCUCCAGAUCAACAAUCACUGGACGACAAUAUCGCCUUCAUGCCGCCUAUGGUGACUGCGCCUAGUAAAACACGGGCGGUAUUCGCUCACGCGAGACAGGAUUGUCCACCUGUACGAUUACCAGACGGGUCCACGUUGGAAAUGACCAAGGGUCAGAUAUCUCUAACGCCCUACCAUGUUGUGGAGCAGUUGCUUGCGAGAGAAGAGGUGGAGUUGGUUUAGUCUAUGCAUGCAUGUAUUCUACACACAUUUGACCUAUGUAGCAGUACACGAAGAAGUAGCAAAAAUACAAUCCCCGCAGAAGAGAGAACGAAAGUAAUAAAUACAGUACAUAAAGUAUAGUCACGAAAAGUCCCAUGUAUGAUCCUCAUACACACUACACACAUCCACGGUCACCGCUCAUAAUCAUCAUCUUCCUCGUGAAGUCGC